AUGAUUCUCUUCCGAAUGCUGAGGCCAUGUCAAGGGCGCCGAUUUCUUGUUGCAUUCUGCCGAAAGAUGCAUGCAGAGCGGCUUCAGUAUGCCGCUUAUGGUGAGCCUCUUGAAGUGCUAACGGUGGCGAGUUCGCCCCUGCCACCUCCUGGACCAACCGAAGUCAGAGUGAAGAUGUUAGCUGCCCCCAUAAAUCCUGCAGAUAUAAAUCAGGUGCAGGGUGUGUACCCAAUCAAGCCCGCUCUGCCGGCUGUUGGAGGAAACGAGGGCGUUGGACGCAUCGAUGAGGUCGGAAGCAAAGUCAGUGACCUCAACGUCGGCGAUUGGGUGGUGCCCAUGCAGUCGGGCUACGGAACGUGGCGUAGCGGCGUUAUCUGGGACCGCAGUCAAGUGAUGAAGAUCCCGAAUGACCUGCCACUGAUUACUGCCGCCACCCUUGCGAUAAACCCGCCUACCGCCUAUCGGAUGCUGAAUGACUUUGUCAAACUGCAUAAAGGCGACGUGGUCAUUCAGAAUGGGGCCAAUAGCGUCGUUGGCCAGAUGGUCAUACAGCUGUGCCGAAAAUACGGCCUUGUAAGUAUCAACGUCAUCCGGGAUCGUCCGAAUUUGGUUGAGGUAGAGAACCAUCUUCGCAAAUUGGGUGCCGAUCACGUAUUCACCGAUGAGCAGCUCAGGAGCAAGGAGGGGAGAGAAGCGAUGAAAACGAUACCGAAGCCGAAGCUUGCACUAAACUGCGUUUCAGGAAAGAGCACGCUCUAUCUGUCGCAAUGGCUGGCCGUUCAAGGUGUGAUGGUCACCUACGGGGGCAUGUCAAAGCAACCUCUGCAGGUCAGCACCGGAUCGUUCAUUUUCCAAGACAUCAGCAUGUACGGAUUUUGGAUGUCGCAUUGGAACCUAGACCCGAAGCACGCCGAUGAAAGAACACGAAUGCUGCAGGACUUGUGCCAGAUGUUUCGCAACCAGGAGCUGCAGCCGCCGCUCUGUGAACUGGUGCCUUUCAAAGACUACAAGCUCGCUCUAGAGAAAUCAACAAAGGGAAAGGUCGACAGAAAGCAGGUACUUGUCUUUGAGUGGGAACUCUAG